AUGAAGACCUCCAUCAUCAAAGCCCUGAUCGUCGCCCUUGUUGCUGGCGUCGAGGUUGCCGAGGCGUGCGCGCUGUACCACACUUGCCGCUGCACUAUGGCCGACGGCUCCAUCAACAACACCAUCACAGAGCAAGCGUGCGCCAGAGAACUUGCGAACACCCGCGGCGCCUCGGGUGACAACACCCAGGCCUACCAAAUUACCAAGGACACCAACAGUACAGAGUGGUGCAACUGGGGGUUCAACGGCAAGACUGCAUUCUACGUCGACAACUGCAGCUUUCGCGAGUCCUGCACCGCAUGGGGUGCAACCGGCUCAGAUUCUUGGUGCGAGGACAAGCAGGACUAA